UGUGAUUGGAACUGGAAACUGUAAUUUAAGUUUUGAGACUAUUGCUUUAUAUUUUUUAGCCCUGACAAAUGAUAUUAUUUUCUUACAGUUCAGAAAAUGAAAAUGGAACAGAAGAAAAGAAGAAAUCUGGAAAGCCAGGCUUUGGGGUGCCACAAAUAUCAUUUAAUGAGGCCGACUAUUUUGAAGACCAGAAAAAAGUUGCAAUUGCACGGUCAAAGACAAUUGUGGAUAAUAGUUUCUUGACGUUAGAUGGCAAGAACGACUCAAAAGCUGAAAGGAAGAAGCAUACCUCAAACCAGUUUAAGGCAAAUGCUCAUUUUCACAAGCUGUUUCUGGAUGUCCCAAUUGAUGAACCUUUGAGACAAAAUUUUACCUGUGCCUUACAAAAAGAAAUUGUAUACCAAGGGAAGCUAUAUGUAUCGGAGAACUGGAUUUGCUUCAAUUCCAAAGUCUUUGGCAAAGGUACCAAGAUUAGUAUACCUGUGUUAUCUGUAACACUAAUAAAGAAGACUAAAACUGCCCUUUUAGUGCCAAAUGCUCUCAUUAUAACUACAGUCUCAGAUAGGCACGUGUUCGUCUCUUUUCUGUCCAGAGACACUGUUUACAAAUUGUUAAAAUCUAUUUGCAGUCAUCUAGAGGAUGGCAACAGUCCUAAUCCUUCUUCCCUAGAAAAUAGUUUCAGAGCUGAUCGGCCUACAACAUUACCCCUGGAUUUCAAUCACGAUUUCUCUGAAUUGGAUGGCAUCAUACAGAGACGUAGACAGGAGAUGGAAGAAUCCAGCAGCACUGGUUCUCAAACCCCAGAAUUGGAACACUUACAAGAUCACCAUGAGUCUGAUAACCAGUCUCAUUUCAAAAGUUCCAAGACAGAAAUGAAAGAUGUCCAUAAAAAUGUACAGUCUAAAUGUAGACGUGAUGAUCAAAUCAGGAAUCUUUCAGGAAACAUUUCUUCAGGAAUCCUCGGAUCUUUUGACAGAAUGAAUUUUCAAUUAUUUGUGUCGGUGACUCACGUACUCAUUGUUUAUGCAAUUCUUGUUUUUAUCCUCAUAUGUUCCACAUUCUAUUUGCGAUAUAAAGUUCAUCAUUUGGAAGAGCAACUUGUAUUCAUGGCUUCUACUGUGGAUCCACAUAUGAAUGAACAUCCAAUACAAGGUGGUUUGGGAUAUCACCAAAAAUAUAAUGUUGACGGUCUGUAUGCAGAGCUAACAGCUAAUCUUAUCAAACUGGAAAAGAUACAAAGCAAUUUACAGAAGCUACUUGAAGACAGUAAGUGAACUGCUGUUGCCUUUGGAUUACUUCAUUCGCACUUCAUUUUUUCUCUAGAUAAGCAGCUCUGAAGAUAAUAUCAGGCUUAGCCAAUCAAGUUAUGUGUACUUGAGUUCAGUACAAAUUCACAGCUCUUGUGCAAUAGCAUCUGUUUUCUCAGAAGACAAUCCAUUUCCUUGUCUACACUGGUAUAUGAUGAAUAACAGAGGAUCCAUCUGAGGCAUUAUUAUUGUGAUCCUGACUAAUUCUGCCGAC